AUGAGGGCUGAGAACGCCGGGCAGUCAGGGGCGGGUCCCCAGGCCCCUGAGACGCGCUGGGUGAUCCGGCGCUGGCCCUCGGUCCCUUCCCCUCCGGCCUUGCCCCCGCCCAGCCUCGGGAGGCAGCGGGCAGGGCAGCGGGUAUUUUUAACCAGGGGCAGCAGCUCGUGUUGCAGGGCCCGGCGGCCCCACCCGGCACGGCAGCCCCCGAGCGCAUUCCCGGGCGUCGGGCCGCAGCCCCGGGCCCCCGGCUCCUCCCCGGCCCCGGCCCCGCCCCCGCCCCCGCGCGGCCGCAGCUGUCCUAACCCCCCCCCCGCCCUCGGGAGUCCGCAGUCGCCCGGCCGAGAUUACCUCCGGCUGUGCCGCAGCUGCUCCCCGCAGGGGCUGAGCUGGCGGCGAGCGGAUCCCUGCGGGACGCUCGGCAAACGGCAGCCCCAGCCCGCCGGGUCAGCGCUGCAGCUGAGCUCCGGGACCCAGCCGGCUCGCCGCCCUCGCCCACCCCUCGCCCUAGGGAGCAGGCUCCGGGCGCCUCUACCGCGCCCUGGCGAGUCCCUGCGUUGGGCGGGGCGCAGGGAGCCGGCACCCCCAGGCUGCGGCUCGCUGAAUGACCUUGGUAGGGGGCGGCAGAGGCCACGGUCAGGACGACAGGCCCACCCAGGACCCGGAGAUCCUGCCUCCCGAACUCCCGAACUGCAAGAAGUUGAAGAAACGCGAAGUUGGAAAGCUGGGGACCGCGGGGAUCCCUCUGCUGAGGUCUCUUCCUUGCCCUUGAGGGCCCCAGCCCAGCGGCUGCUGCAGCUCUUAGGAGGUGCACACGCAAGCAUUUUAUGGGGGAACAGUGCAGAGCUGUCCCAGGAUCUUAGGACGCAGGACCCCGAGAAGGUGAAGAGCCACCCCUCUAAUCUGCCCCCACGGUCACUCCCACUGGACGAAGGAGGAAAACUGGAGCCCGAUAGGGCGUGGCUUGCUGAGCUGUCUCGCCUGGUGAGUCAGGGCUGGAACAGCUCUGGGGUCUCUGGCUCGUCACCGCUCAGCAUUUGUGUCCAAUCAAGACCUCUUGGCGGGUCUUCGCACAGCAGACUCAGGACUGAGGCAGAGCAGCUCCUGCUGGCGAAGGGGGCUCUGCCGGGCCAGUCUGGGGAUUAAGAAAGCUGAGUCCUGAUGGACAAGCGGGAGUUCACCAGGUAGUGAAUGCGGUGCAGGAGAGGGUGUUCCUCGCAGGAAACAGCGGGAGAUGCAGAGGCCAGGAGAAUCCAGGCCACUGAGGGAAACUCCAAGUAUCCUUGUGAUUAGGUCGCAGGGAACAGGGACCUGGGAGAGCAAAGGCCACCCCUCCCACCAAGCCAAAGCACUCCGGUUCUCCCUAGGGUCCCACAGUCCCCGGAAUUACUUUCACAAAAGUCGCUCCUCCUGACUGCGGUCCAUUGUUCACCCAAGGCACUGGUCACCUCUUACAGGUGUCCAAGGCAUUGUGUUGGCCGGGGCAU